AAAAGCCCCCUCUUUACGUGGGCUAGCUUGCCGCUGGUUUGGAGGCUAGGGGAGAGAAACCCUUGGAGAAGACAUCGGGCGCAGGAUUACAAGAAACUGAAGUUUUUGGCUCGACCUACGACCGGCAACGUGGAAGGAAGAAAGCGAACAGGUCAUCACCAGCAACGUGAAGCAGCUCUCCGUCUCUCCCCUGGCUCUCGGAUGCAGAAGGACACGGCCUAACAAACACACACACACACACCAUAUCUUACAGUCACCCAGUGCCUCUUUACCCGCUAGGUCUUUGUUGUCUUUUAUCCCCCCCCCCCCCGACUUCACCAAUGCAAAGCGAGGCCUAAAACCAGCAAGACCGAGGACACACAACUGCCGCACAGGACUGAUCCAGCAACGCUUUGUGCAAAAAGACUCACCGAGUUUACCGUGAAGAUUAUUUCAAGUGCGGCGCAAGUUCCCCCCCCCACCACAGAUCCACACAAUUGUCAGACCUGCUUCUGAUUAGACGAACAACCUCAAAAAGAGCUCUUUGCCAGCAUUCAUCAGCAUUAUUACAUUCCUUCAUCGAGUAAAGCCGUCUAAAGAGAGCUGUUGGCAGUACCUCUCGUCACUAUGGCCGCCAUCACCCAGUCGUCCGACCCCGAGAUCCCAGACAACCACAAAGAGAGCUGGCUGGCGCUACUUUCCGCCGCGGAAGCCUAUUGCCAAAAAUCUGGCUGCGACCUGGCCAUACUCACAGCCUGCAAGAAGUUCAGGCCCUCGGCGUCGGAGGGAGACGGGGGGAGGAAGAGGGAGAGCAGCAGUGCCUUUCCUAGGGAGUGUGAUUUCUCCUACAAUGUAUGGGGUCAAGGGGCUCUGGCUGAGUCGGCACGCCGAUAUAUGGACGACAUCGCCGUGCUGCACUCGACCACCAUGCUAACAGCCCAAAGGCACACACGCCAGGCCGGGGGAGAGGAGGGAACCAAGCUGGUGGUCGACAUGACCUCUGACCCCGGGUCCAGGGGGAGCCUUACAGGGGACAUCGGGGCGGGCGGAGUCAGCCCCAACAGCAGGCUGUACUCACAAAGCUACCCGUCGAUCUACAGCGCCGGAGCCGUCAUCGGCCUGGCCGCCGGGCAGAACGGGAACGGAGAGAGAGAACGGGAGAGGAGCGCCGAGCGAGGGAGGCCGAGGCCCGGAAUCGUGGAUUUGGAGGAAGAGUGCGAGGACGAGGAAGAAGAGGAGGACAUGGACGACAGGAGACGUAAUCUGAAUGAAAGUGCAGGCGUCUUCUCCAUGGACGAGGACUCCCUGUCCCGGGACUGUGAGCCGUUCUUCGAGUCCGACGGGGAGGAGGAGAGCACCGACGGCUCGCUGAGUGAGGACGCCCCCCCUCCCUCUCGCGGCAUGGCUGUGGGACAGCCCGCGUACUCGUCCCGCCACCCCAACCCCAUGGCCAUGGCCCGCUCUCUGCCCGUGUCCGUGCCUGUGUGGGGCUACAGGGGAAACAGAGCUGCUCAGGGAGACAGCAACAGUGGAGAACGGGUGGGCUGUGCUGACCUGGAACAUAUCGCUGCCAGUAUGAAGGCCCUGCUGGCCCCCGGAGCCACCGACGGGACGGAGAUGUUCGGAGCCCUGCCGCGGCCUCGCCUCAACACGGGGGACUUCUCCCUCAAACACUGAGCUAGCGCGGGAUAGACAGAGAGAGAGAGGGAGAGAGAGUGAGAGAGAGAGAGAAAGGGAAAGACAGAGACAGAGACAGAGGGAGGGCAUUGGAAGGACAGAGGGAGGGUAUUGAAGAGAGAACCUGUCGUGACGGGGACUCGAGCGGUGUAAAAGCUAGUACCUCCAUUUAUUUAUCACUAACCAAAAUUAACAGCACGUGCUUCAAAGAGUAACCGGCGAAAAGCAGGCGCUGUUCAAACCAACACUAAUACCUUUCUCAACACUAGACCGCGCGCCUCACAAUUCAGAACACUAGCUAGUACACAUCCUGCGACACUACCUUACGGCGGGACCUGAACACACGAGCGCUUCGCGACCCGCCGACACCGACCGACCGACACGGACGCCGUGACGUCACGUAGGACAGCCUGAGUGACACAGGGAACUGUCACUGCCUUGUGGGGUGAUGCUGAAAGGAUUAGGCCACAGCAACAAGUUUUUUGGGGGGAGAUCGUCCCGUUGGUCAGCUCAUCUGUGAAGCGAUGAGAAAGAAAAAAAAAAAGGACACCAAAAUGAUCCACGUGUCCCCGGUUGAUCACCAGCUCCAGCUAAUGCAAACACAUUAGCUCACUCUGUGUUGAUUGACAGGCUGCAAGCAUAAUGAUAAGAUGUAACAGCUGUUUAAACAAAAAAAAAUAAAUAAAUAAAGCUAAUUGUUCAA